AUGAGGAGGCGGCCGCGGCGGCUCAGCUCGCGCCUGGCGCCGUGCCCGGCGGGCCGGGCUGCGCAUGGCGAGAGGCUGGAGGGGGGGGGAGACGCAGGCCGGCGGGCGCCGGCCGCCCCGGCGCGGCACGGCAAGGCAGAGGAGUCCAGCGAGAGCCGCGAGGAGGAGCAGGUCUCCUCUGUCCCUGCCCCUCGCGAGGGGCUGGCACGGGGGAGGCUGAAGGAGGACACGGAGCUCCCCUGUGGUAGCCACGUGGUGUCCCUGCCCUCUCCUGAGCAGCGAGGUGCUGCCAGGCUGUGUCCUUGGUGGCCCGUUGCCAUCAUUGCUGCGCAGUGUCCAGAGGAGCUUUGUGCCCGUCUCUGCCUGCCCCAUGACCGCGGCGGCCGGCAGAGAUCUGCAGCGCCGCUGCCUCUUGGCUUAAAUGCCCCGUUGGUGGCCGCCUUCAGCGGGUGCCGUAUCUCAAGGCCGCUCUGUAAUUACCGCUUGGUUUUCCAGGCUCACGAUUCCCUCCUUGGAUUCAUCUCCGGGCAGGAUUUCUCCCUGCGACAGCACGGAAAUCUCUGGGCAGAGCAGGCAAACAGCUCCCUGGCGCCAUGGGUCAAUGCCUUGGAUCGCCGUCUGGAGAAGGGAAUGGCUUGUGCCACGGGCUGGUCUGGGGGUGACGGGCAGGACUCCGAUGACUGGUUCUCCAGAGGCCGGCGGUCCGAGCGAGCCGCCGGGCGUCCCAAACUCAACCUGACCAAGCAGGCGUUGCCUUGGAGCGACCAGUACAAGGGCAGGGCCAACCUGCACGUCUUUGAGGACUGGUGCGGAGGGGCAGUGAGGCACCUCAGGAAGAACCUCCACUUCCCGCUCUUUCCCCACGCCCGCACCACGGUGAAAAAGCUGGCUGUGGCACCCAAGUGGAAGAACUAUGGGCUGCGGAUUUUUGGCUACAUCCACCCCUUUAAGGAUGGGGACUUCCAGUUUUCUGUGGCAUCUGACGACAACUCGGAGUUCUGGCUUAGCUCCGAUGAGAGUCCAUCCAACUCACGCCUGGCUGCCUUCGUGGGCAAGCUGGGCACCGAGUGGACGGCCCCGGGAGAGUUCACCAAGUUCCGCUCCCAAGUGUCCAAGCCGCUGCACCUCAUGUCGUCCAGGCGCUACUACUUUGAGCUGCUCCACAAGCAAGAUGACCGGGGUUCGGACCACGUGGAAGUUGGCUGGCGAGUUUUCCUCCCCAGCUUGAAGUUCGAAGUGAUCGACUCCUCCUACAUUUCUCUUUACACAGACGAGUCGUCCCUGAAGAUGAACCACGUGGAGCACAUCCCGCAGUCCCUGGCCAGCCACAGCGGGAGCCACCUCUGGGAGGCGCAGCGGGAUGAGCACGGCGCCGACAUGCUCAAGACGGACCCCAGGGACACCUUCUUCCUCACCCCGGCCAUAGAGGCCUCCCGCGUGCAGAACGUGCUGGUGCCCUGUGCCUACAGCCCCACCUACGUGGUGAAGGACUUCCCCAUCGCCCGCUACCAGGGCCUGCAGUUCGUCUACCUCUCGUUUGUGUACCCCAACGACUUCACGCGCCUCACCCACAUGGAGACGGAGAACAAGUGCUUCUACCGGGAGUCUCCCCUCUACCUGGAGAAGUUCGGUUUCUACAAGUACAUGAAGAUGGAUGAAGAGGAGGAGGAUCCUCGCCAGCGAGCGUUUCUCUUCUUCAACGCAGACAGUUUCCUGGAUGAGGAGGAGGAGGAGGAGGAGGAGGGAGUUGACAGUCCUGAGCCCACAGAGCCAGCGGCCCAAGCGGUGGCGCCCAGCACACCGGCAGCGCCCCAGCGGGGCGGCAAGGCCAGGGCAGCGCAGGAGAAGGUCUACGUGACGCGGCUGCAGACGGGAAAGAGCAAAGCCCCAGCUCAGGAACCCGCCUUCCCCAGCAUCUUCCUGUAUCCGAAGGCCCCGAGGAAGGUGCACCUUCGCUCCAGGAGCCCGCGGAGGCGUCCCGUCCCCUCCAGCAAGGUCCGCCGAGUGCCCUGGCUCCUGAGCACCAUCUCCAAGGAAAAGGGCACUGCCAAGCGCCGGAGCGCUUGGGAGAGCCUGGACAAGCGGGAAGAGCCGAGGGGGCAGCGGCGGGCACUGCCCAGCCUCCUGCUGCCCAGAGCCGACGGGCUCUUCAGCAGGGAGGCGCGUGAGGACGCGACAGCCGGCCCGGGCAGGACAGCGGCCACCGCCGAGAACAACUCCUCGGAGACAGCCCUGUUGGGUGGGACGCGGGUGACGUCCUUUCUGAAGAUGUCAGAUACAACAGCCUCCCAGCAAGAGGGACGAGAGGGCCCAGGAAAGGGCCAGGAGGAAGAGGACGAGGAGGAGGAGGUGUCGGACUACAGCUACGAGGCUGCGGAGCUGCCGCCGAGCUGGCUGGAGGACUCCAUCAACUGGCAGAGGACGUUCAGCGUCGGCUCAGUGGACUUCGAGCUGCUGCGCUCCGACUGGAACGACCUGCGCUGCAACGUGUCCGGCAACCUGCAGCUGGGCGAGAGCGAGGUGGUGGACGUGGUGGCACAGUACCUGGAGAAGCUCAACGAGAAGAACGGCGGCAUCUACACUCUCCUGCGGAUCAUCAACGUGGAAAAACGCCGGGACACGGCCCGGGGGAACCGCUACCUGCUGGAGCUGGAGCUGGCGGAGCGGGGUCAGCGCACGGUGCGGCUCUCCGAGUACGUCUAUGUCCUCUUGCACCAGGGCAAGCAGGAUGACAGCGCUGAGGCCAACCCCGAGGGGCCAGCGCUGGCCGCCACUGAGCCCCAGCCGAGUGCCUGGAGUGUCCUCUACGGGAAGCCCAUCCUGUGCCAGCCCUUGCACCUCAGCUGGAAGCAGGAUGUCAUGGUGCACUUCGUGGUCCCCGUGAAGAACCAGGCGCGCUGGGUGCAGCAGUUCAUCUCGGACAUGGCCGGCCUCUACGGGGCCACGAAGGACGCCAACUUCAACGUCAUCCUCGUGGACUUCGACAGCGAGGACAUGGAUGUAGAGAAGGCUCUGCAGGAGGCCCCACUGCCCCGGUCCCUGUACCUGCGUCGCACGGGGAACUUCGAGCUCUCGGCCGGGCUGCAGGCCGGCGUGGACACCGUCGAGGACGGGCACAGCAUCGUGUUCCUGUGUGACCUGCACAUCCACUUCCCUCCCAAUAUCCUGGACAGCAUCCGGAAGCACUGCGUGGAGGGCAAGCUGGCCUACGCGCCCAUCGUCAUGCGCCUGAGCUGCGGCAGCUCCCCCCGCGAGCCCAAUGGCUACUGGGAAGUGAACGGCUUCGGCCUCUUUGGCAUCUACAAGUCGGACUUCGACCGCGUCGGAGGGAUGAACACAGAGGAGUUCAGAGACCGCUGGGGCGGGGAGGACUGGGAGCUCCUGGACAGGGUCCUGCAGAGCGGCCUGGAGGUGGAGCGCUUGCGCCUCAGGAACUUCUACCAUUACUACCACUCCAAGCGUGGCAUGUGGAACGCCCGCAGCAGGAAAGCCCUCAAGGACUAG